ACUGAGUUUUAGUUUCUUGCGAUUUUGUGUCUUGUCGAUUGAUUUAGCGAGUUCAAAUACAUAUCUAACCUAAUUUUUCUAAUUUUGGAUAAAUACUACUUAUGUGUUAUUUUAUUUCAAUAAUUAAAUUAAAUCCUUAAUUAAAUAAAAAAAUGGCUAAGGCAAAAAAUAAAAGGAAUUCUAAAUUGGCAGAUACUGUCCAUGCUAAGAGAAGAGAGAAGGAAAUCAACAAAAAAAAGUUAAAUCCUUUCGAAGUACACAUAAACAGAGAAAAAAUUAAAGUUUUAGGUAAAAAGUCUAAACAUGAUAAAGGCUUACCUGGUGUAUCACGUGCUAAGGCUAUUAAAAAAAGAAAAGAGACUCUUGGUACUGAAAUGCGACUGAUGAAUAAGACAAAUACCUUCAUAGAUCGUCGUAUCGGAGAAAAGAAUAAUCACCUGUCUGCUGAAGAUCGCAUGGUUGCCAGGUUUGCUGCAGAAAGGGCUCGACAACAUAGUAAAAAGAGUAUUUAUAAUCUGGCUGAUGAUGAAAUUUUAACUCAUAGGGGGCAAACACUAGAACAAAUUGAGAAAUUUGAUGAUCCUAGAUCUUCUGAUGAUGAAAAUGAAGAUGGAGGAAAAUUUGGAGGCCUAGAUGAUGAUUUUGUAUCAGAAGGGCAUUUUGGUGGUGGAAUCCUUUCAAAGACGGAUUUAAAAGAUGGUGCUAAAUCCCAUAAAGAUCUCAUAGAACAACUCAUAGCAGAAUCUAAGAAGAGAAAAGCAGAGAAACAAAAGGAGAAAGAACAGACUUUAGACUUAACAGAGAAAUUAGAUAAUGAAUGGAAAGAUUUACAACCAGUUGUAUUUAAGAAAGCUAGAGUGGAGAAUGAGUCUAUAAUAGAUAAAUUGUUGAGUCAAGCAGAGAAGAAGAAUCAGGAUUAUGAUAAAAUGAUGCGGGAAUUGAAGUUUGAAAAAAGAGGCACUCCUUCAGAUGGGUUGAAAACUGAUGAGAAACAAGCUAAAGAAGAAAAAGAAAAAAUGGAACAGUGGGAAAGAGAAAGGCAACAAAGGAUGCUUGGCGAUUUUGAGUUGUCGGCGCCAGCCAUUCAAAAAUCUGCUGGAAAACACAGGUCAGCAGAUGAUCUGGAUGACAAUUUUGAGCUAGAAGAUGAAAAAGAAUUUAUGUUAGCAUAUGAUAAAGAUGGAAAGCCCUUAGUGCCUGAGAAAAUCCUCAAAGAUUAUUCAGUGCCAAAUGCGAAACCUAAAUUUGAUGAUGGUAUAUCAGACACUUCGUCUGAAGAUAAUGAUGAUGAUGAAGAUGAUAAUGAAGAAGAAGAAGAAGAUGAUAGUGAUGACGAUGAAGAUGAUGUCAAGACUGAAGAUGAAAGCGAUAAUAAAAGUAAAACUAAUGGGGAAGAAAAUUUUACAAAAGAUGAAAUGAAACGAGGAAAAAUAGGUAUGAAUAAAAAUGGGUUACUCCAUAUAAAGAAUUCUGAGGAUGGUGAUUCUGAUGACAAUUCAAAUGACGAAGUAGAAUCUGAUGAUAAAGAAAGUAGUCAAAUUGAAACACAAAAAAAGAAAGAUCAAAAGUUGUUACAAAGGGAAAGUAAUUCUAAAGGAAGCUCAGUUGAUGAAGAAUCUGCAGAUCAACAAGAGGCUAGCAAAAAUUUUGCAAAUAAUAUUAAAGGCAAAAUAGUGCCGAAAAAUAGGUUUGAAGAAAGUUCAGAUGGAGAAGAUUCUGAUGUAGAAGAUAAUGAACAGUCUGAAAAAGAAAUGAUAGAUGAUUUUAAAGAUUUAAAAGAGUCAGAUGAGGAAAGCGAGGAUGAAGUUAUGAUGAAAGACGUUGAUGAAAAAAUCAGUUCAUUCUUUGACCUUAAAUUAGCUGAAGGUGAUAAUUUGAAGGAGUUACUGUCAGAGAAGACUCCAUCGCAGCAAGCAUCUGCUUUGCAGAAACUUAUAAAGAGUUAUGACCCAAGUUUAGCUGAAAAUAAUAAGGAAUUGCUUAGCAGAUUAUUUGCUCACUUACUCCAAUAUAUCAAUGACUUGUUUAUUGGUCUAAAGAAUGAAGGAGAAAUCAUUAAAUCAUUUUUAAUAUUUGACAAAUUAGCACCAUUCUUUUACGACUUAUCAAAAACUAAUAAAGUCUCCACUAAGAAGUUUUUAGUUGAGCUAAUUAAAGAGAAACAUGAUAAUUUCAAAAAGAGACACAGAUUAGUGCCUGAUUUAGAUACUUUAAUAUUUUUUAAGUUAGUGUCAUUGCUAUAUCCAACUUCAGAUUUCAGGCAUCCUGUAACAACGCCCUCUUUGAUUUUUAUGUCUGAAAUAUUAACAAACUGUAGGUUUAAUGAUGCAUAUUCGAUAUCUAGAGGUCUGUAUAUUACAGCCUUAAUUUUAGAAUACACAGUUCUUUCAAAGAGAUUGGUACCAUCAGCUAUAAAUUUUCUUCGAGGUGUAUUAUACUUGUGCGCAAAUACCUCCAUUUUAUAUCCAGUGCAAGUUAUCCCUCCAUUUCGUUUCCAUAAAGAUGUAAAAAUUUUGAAUUUAGAACAUGAUUGUUCCACAAUGGAGGUUGAGAGCAAAAUGGCUGCUAAGGAUUUAGUAUUAAAGAGCAUUGAUAACAAUUUUAAAAUAAAGUGUUUGCUAGUUAGUUCUACAAUGUUAAAGGAGUUUUUUGAUAAUUUCAAUGAUUUAGAAGCACAGCAAUGUAUCUUUGAACCACAUAUACGGUUAUUGGGUCGUAUUGAUUUUGAGCUGUACCCUAAGAAAGUAGUCUGUAUAGUGACUAAAAUAAUGCAGUACAUGAAAGAAAGUUUGGAGGUCAAGACAUACACACCGAUGACCACAGAGAAACAUAAACCUAAAGCUCUGAGACUGUAUGAACCAGAUAUACAAGAAAUCUUUACUGGCAGUAAGAGCUCAAAACUAUCCAGGGAGGAAGCUGAGAGGAGACGGCUGAAGACUAAGUAUAAGAAAGAGAUGAAAGGUGCUCUGAGGGAGAUAAGACGAGAUAAGGCGUAUAUAGCAUCAGUGAAGAUCAAGCAAAAGAUUCAGAGCGAUAACAUAAGGAGGGAGAAGGUGAAACAAAUAUACAAGGAGGCAUCAAUACAACAGGGCGAGUUAAAUAAACUGAAGAGAACAAAGUAAUGUAAUUCAAAUGUAUAUAUUUUCAUGUAAAUAUACUAUUUGUGUAACAAGAA